CUUCCAAAAACUCGGUUCCGGCAAAUAAUUUUUAGGAAAGUAAAUUUGUUGUAUCUCAUGUUCCAGACUCGGAUCUCAAAAGUACUUCCUUCAAUGUGAAAAAUGCUAAUUAAAACUGUUAAAAAAAUUGUUUUAUCAGUAUUUCCGGUGGCAGUAGUUCAAUAAAAUACUGAUAUUAGUGCAUACCUAAAGUAAAUUAUCUUGCUUAUCGAUUGGCUCUGUCGUUUGUGCGCACUUAUCAAUUAGCUUUUAUUCUAAUGACAGCAUCGUCGCUUUUCACUCUCACACUGACGAUAUUGCCCGGGUCGUUCAAUACAUAAGUAUUAACCAUUUAUCUAAGUUCAGAGCAACAGUAUGUGACUGUUACGUCUUUUCUUACUUACAGUAGAUCACCUGUAUUUUUCGUGAUGAUCGCAGAAUUCAUAUGGAAAAACAAAACAUUCUAAAACUCAAAGAGAUUACACCGCGUCGUCUUACUUUGAAGACAAUUGUUUACAAGACAACAUUUCUUGCAUCAUAAUGCAUACAAUUAAAUAUCAAUGAAAAAUCAAUAGAAAUCAAAAAAAUUGAAAAAGGUCGCAUUAUAUUACAUGCGUGCAUAUAUCCACCUCGUGGUGAAAUUGUAUUAAAAAAAUUAGUGAACGAUAUUUAUCAAAUAAAAAACCUCAAGAAUAUGACUUACGAAGUAUCUGAUGGUAAUUAUUGGUCUGGUUUACUGCCACAUGGGAAUAAAACAUAUUGUUGUCCUGUUGGUUGGACAAGAUUUGGUAUACAAGUAACACGUACACAAGACGAAUUCGAUAAACGAUGGGGUAAUUGGUAUGUCGCAUAUCACGGUACGAAAAGUAGUGUAGCAUCAUUAAUUGUAAACUCUGGUUUGAAAGCAGCAAAUGAUUAUUGUUGGACAAAGCGUCCAUGUGUUUAUUUAUCACCAUCAAUCGAAUAUUGUGCAUAUUCUCGAUAUGCUGAACCAUGGAAGAGAAGUAAAAACCAACAACGAGAACAGAAAUAUUAUCAAUUAGUGUUCCAAUGUUGUGUUAAUCCACGUUUAGUUUCAAUAAAUCCAGAAACGAUAUUAAGAAAUGAACAAAGAAGUUUGUAUAAAAUUGAUAACAACUUUAGUAAUGAUGAAUUAGAAUGGAUUAUAGAUGGUUAUAUUGAAAAUCUUUUUAGCAAAAUCCUUUAG